AUGGGUCUCCUCACCAAGCUCCAAAACCGCCUCGAACUCCUUCGCCUCGAGAAGAGAUACACCACCCGCAGGAAAGCUGGCCCAACCGCCCAAUACGUUGACGGCGAAUACAUCUACCAGACCGCAGACUCGAGCUCCUCGAACGCCCAUGCUAUCCCGCAAUUCACUUCCUCCUCCAGCACCUACGCCGCAAGCCAACACCAACACCCCCCCACCUCUCCCACCACCGUCUCCUUCACAUCCGCGCCGGCCCCAUCCUCAGCUCGCACAAACCCUCAUCACAGCAGCGGCAUUCGCACGAAACGCUUAUCAUGGCACUCCUUGACCGCGUCAUCAUUCGCCACCUCCUCAGCGCGAAACUCGACCCUCACCGCCCCAGACUCACCGGCCACAUCAUCAUCAGCAAUCAGCAAGAACUCGCGAGGACAGAGCUGGGAACCGCCGAAACAGGGCUGGGGCGCUGACGGCACCGACGCCUUCAAAGAGGACAAGAGAGAAUUCCGAUUCGACGUCGAGAAGGAUCGCAUGAGUAUGGGAAUGGUGGAUUAG